GGCUGUGAGCAGGGCAGGCCGGCAAUAGUUGCCCUCAGCACCCAGGAUGCAGCGGGCCAAGGAGGCGAUGAAGGUGUCAGAUGGCAGCCUCCUGGGGGACCCCGGGAGCACACCGCUGAGCAAGAAGCAGGGUGUCAAGUGGCAGAGGCCAAGGCUCACCCGCCAGGCCCUGAUGCGGUGCUGCUUGGUCAAGUGGAUCCUGUCCAGCGCUGCCCCUCAGGGCUCAGAUAGCAGCGACAGUGAGGUGGAGCUGUCCAUGGUGCGCCACCAGCCAGAGGGGCUGGAGCAGCUGCAGGCACAGACCAAGUUCACCAAGAAGGAGCUGCAGUCCCUCUAUAGGGGCUUCAAGAACGAGUGUCCCUCGGGCCUGGUGGAUGAAGACACCUUCAAACUCAUUUACGCACAGUUCUUCCCUCAGGGAGAUGCCACCACGUACGCGCACUUCCUCUUCAAUGCCUUCGAUGCUGACAGGAACGGGGCCAUCUGCUUCGAGGACUUUGUGGUUGGCCUCUCCGUCCUCCUGCGAGGAACAGUCCAGGAGAAGCUCAAGUGGGCCUUUAACCUCUAUGACAUUAACAAAGAUGGCUACAUCACCAAGGAGGAGAUGCUGGCCAUCAUGAAGUCCAUCUAUGACAUGAUGGGCCGGCACACCUAUCCCCUCCUGCGGGAGGAUGCGCCUCUGGAGCACGUGGAGAGGUUCUUCCAGAAAAUGGACCGGAAUCAGGACGGGGUAGUGACCAUGGAUGAGUUCCUGGAGACCUGUCAGAAGGACCAGAACAUCAUGACCUCCAUGCAGCUGUUCGAGAACGUCAUCUAG